AUGAGCUUCAGACAGCGGAAAUCAGAAUCCACUCAUUUUGAGGAUCUUAAUGAGAUUGCAAACCGCGGCGAUGCAGCAGGACCCUCCAGCCAAGCUUACACUCAGCAGGUUGGGCGGCCCCUGGCAGGCUUACCACGUAAUGUGCCCUGGCAACAUGGCGGCGUUGUCGCAUGCAGUGAACCAGGUUGCGAGGGUUUGGGCUUUGUGAACCAAAAUGCUGCUGCAGCCCAUUGCAUAUUGAAGCACAACAUGACGCAUCUUGACGUUUUCGACGCUACGUUCGGCGCAAGAGACAGCGCCGUUCCUGUCCGAGUUCAGGACAUGGAGUUUUCCCUUCGCGACUUCAUUGAGGGUUCCGACCUCGGUGAGGAAAUGUUCCGUGACAAGGGUACAUAUUAUCAUUGUCUUUUUUGUGGGCUGGGUACACUGCCCACGUUAUUGCAAUGCACCCUUUUCUUGUCUUGGUAUUAUCAGGCGGGUUUCACAUUUUUCACAUUAUCCUGCAUGACGGCUCAGCGCCAGCACUCCAAGACAGGUCGUAUAGGCAAUCGCAGGACGUCAGGGCACACACAUGUCAUCACGCUGAGGAACCUUCGCGAACGCCUGGCAGCCCAAGGUGCCGACUGGGCUGCGCGGUGUCCAUCUCAAAUAAACAUCUGGGACAAAGCGGAGGUCCACCGCAACAUGUCCAGUGCGGACCUUGAUGCAGGAGCUGCACCGCCUGCAGCUCGCAAGAGGCGUCAGGCCAGUGCCAGGGAGGGAAACCUUAAGCGUCGUAAGCUGUGCACUGGUGAAGAAGAUGAUGAUGGUGACAACUUCGACGAUGUUGCGCGUGUGGAUGGCAACGGAAGUCACGAAGGUAACGAACGACGUGAAGCCGAUGUGCCCACCGACUGGGAAAGGAGCGAUGACGACGGCUACAUGGUUGAGUGGGACGCUCACCUUCGCGAUGGGGAUCCCAACGACCGCGAGGCGUCGGAACCUGCUGCCAUGCGCUGCCAGCGGCGAGAUCCGGACACCCAAGCUGCACGUUCGCCUUUGGAAAGCCUGUUAGAAGGUGCACGAGGUGCAUCAUCGAACGCAACCACCGAGCACUACCUCAGCGUGAUCAUGGGAGCAGCCAAAGAUGGCAGGUUCGACCCGAGACGCAUCCCUCCCGAGCUCAACAACGAGCUUAUAAACCUUGGAACAGUGUACAACAUGAUGGUGUCAUUAGACGCCACGCAGGAGGAUGUUCUGUAUUCGGCCUUUGUACGCAUCCUGUCAAAGAUUCUGGACACCCUCGACCCCAUAACGAUGGCCGGUGUCGGGGCAUCCUACGACCAGAGCAAGGCCACCAUUGCUGGGCAUCGUGAAGCUGCUGGAAGACUGAAGGCCACCAGGGAGAAGGUUGUGAAGCCACUGGUUGAGGGGUUGGAGCUGCUUCUGCGGGAGCUGAAGGACCUCUACGCUGCACUCGACAAACAGGCGGCGGCAUGCUUGGAUGCUGCGAAGCACGAGGAAGCGAAGUCAGCUUACCGCUACUAUCAGGAGAUGAAGACCGACGUCGUUGUGAACGACAUCUUGGUCUUGGCGGCAGAUGCCAUGCCAGAGCGCUAUAUGAACGACGUGAUGAAGGAUCUUCUUCGGAGUCUCAAGCAGCGGCAGGCAAACCUUCCCAAGCGUGUAAACGACCCUGGAAGACCACCAGUGCUUGGCAACGACAGGCAUCUGGAGGAACCCCAGGUCGUUAUGAAGCUUGGUAUACGGCUCAACGGCGUUUUGCAGAUUGCCAAGCUCUGUGGGAUUCCAGUCAGCAUCACGGGGCCAGAAGAAGUGCCAAGUCCCCUAAAGGGGCUGAAGGCCACCAGUGCACUAGGCGGGCCUCGCUCUGGAGAGGGGCUCAAGGCGGUUACCAUGCAAAGCGUGUCUGGUGUGGAACCAGGGUCAGAUGAGAGGGAGGUGAAAGCGUUGGAGAAGUUUGUGCGCUUGGAUGCACACGCAGUUGCCAUGGAGCAGAAGUACCGCUCGAUGCUCCUGUUGUCAAUUUUCACCAGUGAAGAGCUGGCUGCAGCACAAGCAAGUGCGGAGAAGGCUGCAGAGGAGGCGAUCGUGUGUUAUCAUGAGUUACGUUGUGUCAUUGGUGCAGCAGGCUCUCCGGAUGAGCAGGGCCUUGCAACUCUUGCUCAAGCAGCAACCUCAAAUCAGCCAUCUUACCAAGCAGGCUCUGAGGGUGGUGUCCAUAAGGACCUGCCAUCACAGCCUUUUGCCAGGGGUCCUGGGACUCAAGUCAUCCCAGAGAUAUGCCUGGAGGACUGCCUGGAGGAGCUGCCUGAUGCACGGCUACUGGGAGCACCAGUCAGUGGAUUAGGAGCACCCGAGUCAGGACUGCUGCUUGCAGGGCUUGGUGGCAAUGGUGGGCAGGAGGUGGAUGGGGACGAGGAGGUGGCGAAGGGAGAGGAUGCAGAAGGAGACGAGGAGGUGGAUGGGGACGAGGAGGUGGAUGGGGACGAGGAGGUGGAUGGGGACGAGGAGGUGGAUGGGGACGAGGAGGUGGCGAAGACAGAGGAUGAGGAAGGGUACGAGGAGGUGGAUGGGGACGAGGAGGUGGUGAAGGGAGAAGAUGCAGAAGGAGACGAGGAGGUGGAUGGGGACGAGGAGGUGGCGAAGACAGAGGAUGAGGAAGGGUACGAGGAGAUGUGCGGUGCUGGGUUUCUGUUGAGCCUUUGCAGUAAGGACCAGCAGUAAGGACAUACGGAUAUAUGGUGAUGAGCGUGAACACGGCGUCCCAAGGCGUUGUGUAGGAGGUGUCAUGGGUCUAAGGAGCAGGUUGAACGUGAGGGCCUUAAUCGCAGUUUGGCACGCGGUUGCACACACACACGCACGGGCGAAUGCCGCUGGUCGGGUCACAG